GGCUGAAUUGUGUUAAAAAAACUAUAGACCGUGAGAUUAGCAGCAGAAAAGUGAAGUUAAAAUCAAGUGCUGAAAGCGGUGCGGAUAAAAAUGCGAAUCACAAAAUGCCGCAGAAAUUCUAGCAACAACAGCACAGGAAAACCGAAAGCGGUGUGAAUAUUUUUUUUUUCGAGACCAUUGCCAAAGUUGCGCUUGCCGUGUGCGCCCUGUGUGUGUGUGUGGAACGGAUAGUGGAGUGGAUAGUGGUUGGGUUGGCGGAGAGUGGAGCGUCGAGCGUCGAAGAGUUGUGGAGUGGAGCGGAGUGGAAAGUAAAAGUGGCUGCGGUGGCGGUGUCUGUGCCUGUGCCUGGCUCUGUGCUUGCUGACUGUGUGUGCGCGCGCGAAUGUUUGUGUGCUGUGCCAAAAAGAAGUUGCAGAAAUAUCAGAGUUACGCAAAAACAACGACAACAUCACUGCCGCAAAAGAUAUUGUGUAAAAUAAUUAAAUAGCUAGUACAUUGCCAAGAGAGCGCGAUUGAUUGAGUGAGAGUGUGGCGUGUGUGUGUGGCAGAAGAGUGAGCGACGGCAAGGCUAGAGGAGAGGAGUGGAGUGGAGAGGCGAGGCGAGGCGAGGCGGAAGAGGCGACCCGGCGCAAUGAGCAUUAUUGGCGAGAAUAACGGCAGCAGCAGCAUCCCCCCUAACACCGCUACAGCCAACAUCAUAACCACGGCCAAUGGGCCGCGCGUCGUUACCAUUUACAAGACGGAAACUGGCUUCGGUUUCAAUGUACGCGGUCAGGUGUCCGAGGGCGGACAAUUGCGCUCCAUCAAUGGCGAACUGUACGCUCCCCUGCAGCAUGUCAGCGCUGUCCUCGAGAAUGGAGCGGCCGAGAAGGCUGGCAUCAAGAAGGGCGAUCGCAUACUGGAGGUCAACGGCGUCAGCGUGGAGGGAGCCACACACAAACAGGUCGUGGACCUGAUCAAAUCCGGCGGCGAUUGCCUCACCCUCACGGUGAUAUCGGUGACCCAGCAGGAGGCCGAUCGACUGGAACCGCAGGAGGACCAGAGCGGCUACUCCUACAUUGAUUACUCGGACAAGCGCUCGCUGCCGAUCAGCAUACCCGACUAUGGGAUUGUCAACCGGAACGGAGAGCGCUACAUUGUCUUCAACAUACACAUGGCCGGGCGGCAGCUGUGCUCGCGGCGGUAUCGCGAGUUCGCCAACCUGCAUUCGCUGCUGCGCAAGGAGUUCUCCGGCUUCAGUUUCCCCAAGUUGCCCGGCAAGUGGCCGUUCCAGCUGAGCGAGCAGCAGCUGGACACGCGGCGACGCGGCCUGGAGCAGUACCUGGAGAAGGUGUGCGCGGUGCGAGUGAUAGCCGAGAGCGAUGCUGUGCAGGACUUUCUCACCGACACCGAGGACGACAUCUCGGCAUCGCCGGUGGACAUUAAGGUGAUGCUGCCCGACCACGAGGUGACCACCGUCUCGGUGAAGAAGUCGUCCAGCGCCCAGGUCGUCUGGGAGAUCCUGGUGCAGCGCGCCAGUCUCACCGCCUACACGCAGCAGUAUUUCUACCUGUUCGAGAUCGUCGAGUACAACUUCGAGCGGAAGCUGCAGCCGCACGAGAUCCCCCAUCAGCUGUACGUGCAGAACUACAGCACGGCCUCCUCAACGUGUCUCUGUGUGCGCCGGUGGCUCUUCACCGUCGGCAAGGAGCUGACGCUGCCAGACGGCGAGCAGGCCGGACGCUUCAUCUUCUAUCAGGCUGUGGAUGAGGUGAAUCGCGGCAACAUCCGCGCCGACGGACGCCUCUACGAGCUGAAGGCCCUGCAGGAUGCCAAGAAGGCUGGCGACUAUCUGGCCCUGGCCCGCAGCCUGCCCGGCUACGGGGACGUUGUGUUCCCCCACUGCUCAUGUGAUAGUCGCAAGGAGGGGCAUGUGGUGCCCGCCGUGGGCAUGAAGAGUUUCCGCCUGCACGCCUGUCGCGAGGAUGGCUCGCUGGAGGCGCAAAUGGUCGAGCUGACCUGGGACAGCAUCACGCGCUCCGAGAGCGACGAGGAGUCCAUGACAUUUUGCUUUCAGUACAAUCGUCCAGAUAAGCCAGCCCGUUGGGUCAAAGUCUACACGCCAUAUCAUGCAUUCCUUGCGGACUGCUUUGAUCGGAUCAUGGAGGAGCGCAAAUGGGACGACAGCGGCGACUAGAAUUGGCGUUUGGAGCGGCUGGUGCAACGGCAGCUGGAGCAGCGGCAGGAACCACA